UCUGUGGCCAUAUUGGUAAGAAUUAUCUGUAACGUUUGUGGAAAUCGUCCCCACAGAAGCCGUUAGAAUUGCCAUCGGUUGUGCAAUAUACCUUUACUGAAAAUAAGGAUAACUUCUCUAUCAAGCCCUAGGGUUAUUUUUAAACGAAUCUACAUCUUUGUAGCAAGGGAGCUCUGACAAAAAUGACUGUCCCUUUGGAAUAAUGAUGUUUUGCGACAUAUCGUCUAUUAGAAAUAGCGAAAAACCCGGAAAUCUUUAUUAGACGAUUGCUUUAUGUUUCAUUCCAAAGUACUCCUGUUCGAUUAACUUUCAAUGGCAUAAUCGUCCAUCAGUGGUCUCCAUUUUACUAGUAAUCACAUGAAAAAAAAAUAAACAUACAGUUCUUGCACGUUUCUUCAAAAUUGAAUUUUUUUGCGCUAAAUUCUAAUUAUUUUGGAAACAUAUGUCUGUACGGAUUUAUUGCCAUCGUGACUUCUGAAUGUUGAUGUGAAAAGAAAAGACCUAGACACAUCAUGUGAACAAACCAUGUUGUACUGGGUUCUUCUCAGUGUUCUACAAUAUGAGUGUACUUAAUUUCGACCUACUCAAAGCAUUGAAUUCUGGAAAUUACAAAUUAUCAUGCUCUUCUUUUGCUGUUGCAACAGAUUUCUCUGAUUGCUUAGCUAGAGGGAUUGGCAGAAUCCUUAUCAAGACAAUUUUCUUAAGCUUUGAGUGUUUAGGGUCAUUUAUCUGAUAAGUAAAACAAAGCCUACUAAACAUUGCAUGUAUUCAAAUUAUUAAUACUUGAAGGUAUCAACUUAAUUAUUGCAAUUUACAGAACUAAAUUUGUAUUGUCUCUAGCUGGUAGCAGAAACAGACAUGCAGUCAAACUCAAAAUCUUUAAAAUAUUCCUCAGUACUUUUCUGCUGCCUAGGAUUAUCUAAAGUGAAGGUUGCUGUUUUUUUUGUUUUGUUUUUUUUUGUGGUAGAUAACCAAAUUCCCUAAAUAUGAGCUUUGUUUAAUAAAUGUUGUUAUUGAAUUGCAGUAAAUACAGUAUGGGUCGAGUUAUCAGAGGCCAGCGUAAGGGCGCUGGGAGUAUUUUCAAAUCCCAUACAAAACACAGGAAAGGAGCUGCAAAGCUCAGAUCUCUCGACUACUCUGAACGCAAUGGUUACCUUAAGGGUGUUGUGAAGGAGAUCAUCCAUGACCCUGGACGUGGUGCACCGUUGGCUAUUGUUAGCUUCAGGGAUCCAUACCGAUACAAACAGAGAAAGGAGGUUUUUAUUGCCACUGAAGGCAUGUACACAGGGCAGUUUGUGUACUGUGGAAAGAAGGGUAAGAAUUCUGUUGCCAUGAAUCUGGCAUAAUUAUGUUUAAUUAUACUAGUAAUAACCACAGGUUAGGAAGUGCGUGCGAGGGCUAUGCAUGAUUUGUUUCACUGAGGUUAACGAUUUCAUUGUAAAACAGUGGCGUUGUGUUCUUUUUCCAUUUUGGGCAUUUAUAUUUGCAGCGCGAUAAAGGGUUGCAUAGUGUGGGUGAUUGUUUUCCCAUAAACGAGACAAAGGGACCUAAGAGUGGUUUUACUGACCUUGUGAAACAGUAACACCAGUUUGAUUAUACACCAGUUCUAUUUUGUGUUGGGUUUGACAAAAUGGUUGUUUUUUCACGUUGUAAAUAAAAACACUGUUGAUUAUAAAAUGGACAUAUUGAUUGAGUCAAGGAAGAUUUCGAUACCCGACAACAACAGACACGAACAGGAAACGUUCGAUCACAAGUUCACACAGUCGAUUUUGAUUGGACGGCGCGCCAGCUAUGCAUGAGCUGCACGUGAUUCUUCGACGAAAUAGAUGUCGUCCACGUGAUAAAAUUGUGUUGUGUGCAUUCCAAUUUAUGGACCGCCACUUCUGCAUGAACUGCACGUGAUUCUUGACAUUCUUAGCUUCAAGAAGGCGAAAUUUACAUAUUAUUUGAGCCCUUCAACUACAUUAAAGAUCAUUGACUAUGGAACGUGAAACAGCUAUGCUUUGGUGAGAAUUGUCUUCUGCUUGGUGUUGGUUUCUAGCGGUCAGAGCGCCUGUGCUCAAAUUACUGCUGCUUCGUGUUUGUCUCGCGUGGUCAAAGCGCCUAUGCUCAAAUUACGUCCUUUCAUUUCAUUGGUUCUUAGUGUCCCUAGGGACAAAUAUUUGGAAGGACGACUUUUUUUGCUAAAUUCGAGUCACUGCAAGGCUAUAUAACUGCCGCGCAUGCGUUUGUAACCAAUGUUGAGAUUAGGAUUGCGGGCUCCGCUGGUCGCCCGCAAUUAAUUAUAUUUAUUUGAGUUCAAUUAUGUUCAGAUAUGUACCAUGCUGGAAACAAAUUCCAUUCUUGAUGUGAUAGCCCUCUCUGCUUUAGAUUCAGUCACUAAAUUAGAGGCAGUGUGCAUUCAAGGGAUGUGAUUAAGUCCAUGCAGAAAUUAGUUCCUGAAUUUUUCAAGUGAUGUAAGAACUAAUUGCAGGAAUGAGCAGUGAAAAAAGUCUGUCUGGACAACAAAUGCUGGGAAAACUGCCUGGUUAUAUCUUUCAUUAGCCUUUUUAUCUUUCUUCUCAAGGCUUCUAAUCGCUGCAGUGUCUUCUAAAUCUUCUUUAAAAGUGUAGGAUUCUUUUUACCAUUUAACUCUUAAGCAUGACCAGUAUUUAAUUUCUUUAUGGUCACAAGAAUAAAGGAAAUGAUCACCAACAAAAGAAGCUCUUAAUUGUUUGACAAAUUCUCCUUUUCAGCACCUUAUGAAAUAUAUAGAGAACAAUUUGAAGAAUAUGCCUACCAGUGUUAGGUAAAAGGUUAAUAAAAACCAAUUAAUCUUCAGUGAGAAAGGGGGGGAAAGUAUUAUGGUAGCAAAGUACAAGUUGAAAGACAUUCAUUGCUUUGCAUUUUGUUGUUUGGUGUGUUUCAGCAACUCUACAAAUAGGCAACUGCUUACCCAUUGGUGCCAUGCCAGAGGGAACUAUUGUCUGUAAUGUGGAGGAGAAAUCGGGAGAUCGUGGCAAACUAGCCCGCACAUCAGGAAACUAUGCCACUGUUGUAUCACACAACCAAGAAACUAGGAGAACCAGAGUGAAGCUUCCCUCUGGAGUCAAGAAAGUCUACCCUUCUGCUAACCGUGCCAUGGUGGGUAUUGUUGCUGGUGGUGGUCGUAUUGACAAACCUAUGCUGAAGGCAGGACGUGCUUACCAUAAGUACAAGGCCAAGAGGAACUGCUGGCCACGUGUCCGGGGUGUGGCUAUGAAUGUGAGUAUAUGUAACUUUAAGUAUUAAACACUCUUUUAAAUGUAUUUUGCAGAGGACCUCAGGAGAGUUCAUGUACUGCUGGUGACCAACUUUUGUCUUAAGACUAUGGUUAGACUUCUAUGACUUGACUUUUGUGAAAUUUUUAAGAGUUUUAAGAUAAGGACUGUUACUCUUUAGCUCCCAUGAGUGACCAAGACAGAAUUUCUUCUCAUAAUAUCAAUAGUUUAUCAAGCAGAUUAUUGACAAGAAUAAAGAAAAAUAUAAAUUAGGGGUUAAUUCAACAACAAAUUCUGAGAACUAACAUCAUAAGAAUUGUAUGGAAGACAGUGAAGAGAAUUACUUAAGAGAUCAUGGGAGUGAAUGGAUUUACAUUUCAUGGGCACCUUGAAACUUUUCAAGGAGCAUAGUCAUAAUGAAUUAAACAUUUUCCUUUUGGCAUAAAAAUUCUACAUCUAGGCACAAACUGGAUCAACAAAAUUCUAGCUUUUUAAAAUGCCUGUGUCUGUUUUACCACCUUCAUCAAGUUCUGAUUGAUAACCAAUGUAGGAAAUUCAUACAAAGUGAUAUUUAUAGUCUGGAUAUAUACCUCUCACUAAAGAGACCUGAUUGGUUUUUGUGUUUGAUUCCUUAGUCUGUUCAAACUAUGUAAGGAAACAAAUAGUUGUGUUUUCAAUGUCAAAUUUUUUGAAUGACCAUUUAGACAAGUUUAAGCACUCUUUUAAGUGAACACUUGUUGCUGUUGUUCUUAUUCGCUUCUUGCAUUUUAUCCACAGCCUGUGGAACAUCCUCACGGUGGUGGUAACCAUCAACAUAUUGGUACUCCUUCAACUGUGCGCCGAGACACAUCAGCUGGAAGAAAGGUCGGUCUUAUUGCCGCCCGUCGUACUGGCCGAAUCAGAGGAGGAAAGAAAACUUUCAAGGGAGACAAAGAAACAGAUUAA